AUGCAACACCACUCUGCCAUGGACUACCAAGAAGUUUGCAAGCUCACAGCCUUGGAGCGUAUUGGGCCUAAGGGCUGGCUCCGUUAUGUCUUUCCUUUCCAGCUACAAGACAACUAUGACCUUAAUGAAGUUGCCCGAGUAGUCCAGGCUGGGUACGACGCCCUCGUCAAACGGAUUCCUGUGGUCGGCUGUGAAGCAGUUCCUGACCCGGAGUCACGGCAGGCAGGUGUGCUGAAGUUUCAGAGACAAGAGGAUCAAGACUCGGCAGGCAUCGUCGUCAAAGACCUCCGCAAUUCCUUUCCAUCCAGUUACGCCGAGCUGAAAGCAAAGGCAUUCCCAUUGGCUGCCUUCGACGCUGAAACCCUCUGUCGCCGGUCAGUGUGGCCUGUAGCAGGAGAGCGGUUACCCAUAUCCCUCGUACAAGCCAACUUCAUCCAAGGGGGACUGCUUCUGACCUGGUGCAUUUUCCACAUGGCGGGCGACGGCAAGUCCUUCUAUCUUUGGACAAAAAUCUGGGCAGAGGAGUGUCGGAAGGCGCAGGGCCUCGACAUCAUAGAGCCAUUUCAUCUUUCCGACGCUGUCUGGAAAGAUCGGGAGCGGGUCACGCAGCCAUCAGGCAAGAAUCCAGGAAAGCCUGAAGAUCAUCCAGAAUAUACUCUCCUCCCAUUCACUCCCCCGGGUGCGCCACCAAAGAUGACCUCUCCGAGCCACCGGGGUCAAGUCUUUUACUUCUCAAAGGAAUCAUUGGCGGCUUUGAAAGCAGAGGCUUCUCCGGCCAAUGCCACCCAGCCGUCUGAUCAGCCGUGGGUCUCAACCAAUGAUGCACUGUCAGCUUUAGUGUGGCGCACAGUCAUGGCAGUGCAGUCACCACUGGAAACUCUAGAAGGAGACCCCGUGUCCAUCUUCAAUAUCGCGAUUGACGGGAGAGCACGCACGAGCCCAAAGGUCCAUCCAGACACUUUAGGCUGCUUCCUGGAGUAUGUUUCUGUCUCGGCGCCAAUCCGUAAGAUGCUAAGCGAGCUGAACAUUGCCGACCUGGCUGUUCUCAUUCGAAAAAGCCUGCUCCGAGCUGAUGAAAACUUCACGGACGAUGUGGUGACACUUGUUGACAAGCUCGAGGACGUCGACCGCCUAGUUCCAACUGCAUUCCUGGAUGUGCCGGGCUUCAACUGCGUGCAGACCUCGUGGACUGGGUUUGAGCUUUACGGGUUGGACUGGGGAUCUUUGUUGGGCCAUACGAUUCAGGCCGUGAGGUCGCCGCAUGUGGGUGUCAUCAACGGUGGGCAGGUGGUGCUUCCGGUGUUACCAGAUGGGGGGAUGGAGGUUAUUGUUGGUGUUGAGGAGAGUUGUCUCGACAGACUGUUGAAGGACCCUUUGCUUACGCGAUUCGGUAUUGCGAGCUGCCAGCCUAGCUGGGGAAUUCGAUGUUAUCUGACUGCGAAUUGUGCCAGGAAUCAUGUCAAGUCUGAUGAAGGGGUCCCUGCUAGAGCAUCUAGCGACCGGUUGACAUUUGUGGCGGCGCACAAACUGGCGGCGGCUAAGUAA